AUGGCCUCCCAAGUAUCCGAUGAGAUCCUGCCCUCCCCCGUGGGCAUAUCUCCGAACAGUUCGACAGGUCAGAUUCCUCUAGAACAACCGCCGAAACUGAAGGGCCGUCAGAAACUGCUGCAGAGUCUCCAACGCAUGUCCUCGAGUCCGACAUUAACUCGGCGUGGACGCUCGGCAUCAACCACUGGAUACCGCCGAGACAACAAAGCCUCGCUGUCUUGUGUUUCGCUGUCUUCCACUCCCUACUCGCCUUGUCUAGGCAAUGGAAGUUCCUCCCAGCUAUACGGUGGGCUGCAUCCUCGGCCUGGUACUCCUGGUUACGCCGGGCCUCCUGGCGAGGCCCAAGGCGUGAAUCCCCGCAUCCGUCUGGUGGAAACAGAAGGUCCCAGUGUUUCUGUGCCUCGCACCGUUCCUUUGCCUUUUGAUAUGAGGCCAGCGUCGCGUGGAUCGCCGCGCACUGCGACACCAGUCGGAGUCAAGGUAGAGGAGGAAGUCGAAGUCGUCGUCCCAGAGCCCCAGCCAGUCAAGUCUUUUGAUUUCUGGGACGAUAUGCCACGUGAGAUUCGAAUGGCAAUCUUUCGGCACCUCACUCCUCAAGAACUUGUACGUUGCUCGGCUGUGUCCAAGUCAUGGAGCGAGAUGUGCUACGACGGACAGUUAUGGUCCACGGUCGAUACGACUGAGUACUAUUCCAAGAUCCCAAGCGAUGUCUUGGUGAAGCUCAUCACAUCCGGCGGUCCGUUCGUUCGAGAUCUGAAUCUCAUAGGUUGCAUACAGAUGCGUGAGAAAUGGUCCUCGGACGGAGAACGUAUCUCGGAUCUAUGCCGGAAUGUGGUCAACUUCUCCCUCGAGGGCUCUCGUAUCGACGGUGCAUCUAUCUAUUCUUUCCUUCUCCGCAACCCCCGUCUCAAAAACAUCAAUGUCUCAGGUCUGUCGAGUGUCACAAAUUCGGCUAUGAAGGUCAUUGCACGGUCUUGUCCGCAACUCGAGACAUUGAAUGUCUCCUGGUGCAACAAGGUUCACACCAGCGGUCUUCUUCGGAUUGUCCAGUUUUGUGAGCAAUUGAAGGAUCUUCGUGCCAGCGAAAUCCGUGGCUUCAACGACGAGAAAUUUACUUUGGCUUUGUUCGAACGCAAUACUUUGGAGCGUCUGAUCAUGAGUCGGACCGACUUGACCGAUCAGAGUCUGAAAAGCUUGAUCCACGGCGAGAGCCCCCCUAUAGAUGUUUUGACCGAUCGGCCUGUGGUUCCACCUCGGAGAUUCCGUCAUUUGGACUUCCGCCAGUGCACUGAAGUGACUGACGCUGGCUUGAAGAGCCUGGCUCAUAACGUUCCAGAUUUGGAAGGCCUGCAGGUUUCGCAGUGCCCCGAGCUGACCGAUGCCUCUGUUACAGAGGUCAUCCGCACGACGCCGAAGCUCUCACAUCUGGAACUGGAGGAUUUGGAGAACCUGACAAACAACACCCUGGUGAAGCUGGCUGAAUCGCCCUGUGCACAGACCCUGGAACACCUGAACAUCAGCUUCUGCGAGAGUCUCAGCGACUCAGGGAUGCUCCCAGUAAUGAAGAGCUGUUCGAACCUCCGCUCCGUCGAGAUGGACAACACCCGAGUCUCAGACCUGACUCUAAUGGAAGCCAGCUACCGCAUCCGCCGCCGCGGCUACAGCGACGAGAUCCCGCAAGUCGGGAUGCGCCUCGUGAUCUUCGACUGCGCCAACAUCACCUGGGCGGGAGUUAGGGAAGUGCUCUCCAGUAACGCAUACAUCCCGCGUGCCUCCCGCAAAGCCACCCAACCAGUCGUGACCGUCACACAAACAUCGGAUCCCGGCUCCUCAACAAGCACGUUUGUCACUCCCAGCUCCACGCCGUCGCCAUCGCCGUCGCCGACCUAUCCGAACGAAAUCAUCCAACUCAAAUGUUUCUACGGCUGGCAGAUGACCGUCGACGAACACACGAAGCGCGUGCUGCGCGGGGAUCUCACUUCCGCCUCCCGGCUGGACCGGAAAUGGGCUGAUUACAUGAUGGCCACUGAGGAGGCUGGCGCCGGGGGUGCCGGUGCUCGCCGUCGUCGUCGCCGCGCACGCGAAGCAGAGCGUCUCUACAACGCGGACGAGGAAGAAGACGAUGCGUAUCCCGGAGGCGCUGUAUCUGCUCUUGGUGGGAGACGCAGACGGGCUCAGAGCGGCGGUAGCUGUCUUGUCAUGUGA